AUGCCUGCGAAGAAAACUCGUAGGAGAAGUCACACUGAUCCCACCAUUGUGCGACCCAGGUGUCAAUUUUACACGCCACAUGGAUACUACAAGUCAUUCUCAUCUCCUAUCCGGUUAUCACCGAUGAAGGCACAACACUCGUUUGAAAAGAAAGUUGCCACACACCAUGUGGACUGCAUUUCAGAGGAGGAGAUAUCCGCUUAUGAGCUAGAGUCUAUGCCAGUACCUGCAAUUUACAAGGCCUACCAAGCCAAAAAAGCAGGACAACAAUCCCUCAGAUGUGCGGUGCAGCAAUUUGCUUGGAAGGUAAUGGAAUCCUCCAUGACAAAGAAGUUUUACAGGGAAAUGUUGGGAAAUAGCAGGAAGGCACUAUUGAGUAGCAAUGCCAAGGUGGUAUUUUUAGAGGACUACAUGCGGCAGAAGGGACUUCCCAUCCAAAUACCUGACUUCAAACCUGCACCCAUUGAGCCGGUGUUCAAAGCUUCUCCCUAUGACUCAGUGGAUAUGCAUUCAGACAAGGGCACGGAGUCCGAUAGUGGUGAGAGUGGCACAGAAUCUGAUAGUGGCGGGAGUUGA